CACACACACACACACACACCUCUCAAACGGAAUGGAAUGCAGCCAGUCCUACCUGGCACCCAGCUGUCUUCCUUUGUUAAACACAAAAUGUCCUGACAGCCAUAUGGGGGUGAGGGUACUUGUUGCUCUUCCUCUGGGGCUCCUAUGGGCACAGUGGUUUUUUUCAGUCUCCAGAAGGGUUUCUCCCUACUCUCCUGGAGUAUCUCCCUCCAGCCUGCAGCAGAGACCCUGUGGUUUAUAAAUUGCCCCCAUCGUUUUCAGCAUCUCUCUGGUGGGGUCUCCCGUGACCCUGGAGCUCACAUUGGUGCAAAGAACCCUUGCCAACAUCUUACACGCCACACACGCAGUUAAGUAUCCACUUUCCUGUCAUCCACGGGGAAAGGGGGUCAAGUUCUCCUUCCUAUGGGAGUGGCUCGAUACCUGGACUAGAAGACCCCCCAGCAGCUCCUUUAAAAAAAAAAAAAAGGCUAAAAACUUUCUCCAUGUCCCCAGCCCCUACUCCUUGCACAAGCCUCCCUUUCCGUAGCAUCAUCGCGGGAGGCAGACCAGGGGGACAGGCUUGCUCUGAGCCCAUGAGUCUCCCUCUCCUCUCCGGAGGCUGGGAGCACUGAGCCCACAGGAGCCCCCGCAUCGCUGCCUCUCCUGUUGGAGGCGGAGCGCAGCGUCCUCUCCCAAGCAGCAGCCGCGGCCCUCAAUUGGAAUUCUGUCCCCAAAAGGGGGCCGGAAAAGGAGGAGAGAAAGGAGGGAUGGAAGCCGGCAGCGAGAAGCCGCGUCCAGGGUCCCGGACACCCCCAGGAAGAAGCUAAGCGUGUCGGCUGCUAGGAAGCUGCACCGCGGCGCCCCACCGCACUGCAUCAGCGUGGCUCUGCUGACAUCCCCCCAUGCUUAACACGGGGCAUUAUGCGCUGGUUAACAGGCUCCGAGCUGCUCAGCGACUUGUUUUAAGCAUUUUCUCCCUCGCUCUCGCUUUUAAUCUUGUCUCUAGUGGCGUGUGUAGGGGGGAGGACUUUAUUUCCAUUGGCUAAGCGCUCCCUUCCCACCCACAUCCCUUCCACAUCACCUUGGUGUCUCCCUAAAUAAAACCAGCCCUCCUUAUCGCCUGGAAAAAAUCAGGAGCUAGAGUUUGAAUGGGUUUUAUAUAAACACUCACCCCUGUCAGCGUGAGGCCAGGCUCUCAGGAUAAACUCCCAGUGUCUGGCCUGAUGCUUGCCUGGCGAUCUCUGCCUUGAACGCCAAGGUUUAAAGCAGAAUUCAGAGGACUGGGAACUCUUCCCUGAGAUUUGAUCAACCUGAAGCCAGUUGCGGAACUGCACAGGGUCCCGAUGGACCUGAAGGAGAGCCCCAGCGAGGGCAGCCUGCAACCUUCCAGCCUCCAAAUCUUCGCCAACACCUCCACUCUACAUGGCAUCCGCCACAUCUUCGUGUAUGGGCCGUUGACCAUCCGGCGUGUGCUUUGGGCAGUAGCCUUUGUGGGCUCCCUGGGCCUGCUGCUGGUCGAAAGCUCUGAAAGAGUGUCCUACUACUUCUCAUAUCAGCAUGUUACCAAGGUGGACGAGGUGGUGGCCCAGAGCCUGGUCUUUCCAGCUGUGACCCUCUGCAACCUCAAUGGCUUUCGGUUCUCCAGGCUCACCACCAACGACCUGUACCACGCUGGGGAGUUGCUGGCCCUGCUGGAUGUCAACCUGCAGAUUCCUGACCCGCAUCUGGCGGACCCCACAGUUCUGGAGGCCCUGCGACAGAAGGCCAACUUCAAACACUACAAACCGAAGCAGUUCAGCAUGCUGGAGUUCCUGCACCGGGUAGGCCAUGACCUGAAGGAUAUGAUGCUGUACUGCAAGUUCAAGGGCCAGGAGUGUGGACACCAAGACUUCACCACGGUGUUUACAAAAUAUGGGAAGUGUUACAUGUUUAACUCAGGCGAGGACGGCAAGCCUCUGCUCACCACAGUCAAGGGGGGGACGGGCAACGGGUUGGAGAUCAUGCUGGACAUUCAGCAAGAUGAGUACCUGCCCAUCUGGGGAGAGACAGAGGAGACAACGUUUGAAGCAGGAGUGAAGGUCCAGAUCCACAGUCAGUCUGAGCCGCCUUUCAUCCAAGAGCUGGGCUUUGGGGUGGCUCCGGGGUUCCAGACCUUCGUGGCCACACAAGAGCAGAGGCUCACGUAUCUGCCCCCACCAUGGGGGGAGUGUCGGUCCUCCGAGAUGGGGCUCGACUUCUUUCCUGUUUACAGCAUCACCGCCUGUCGGAUUGACUGUGAGACCCGCUACAUUGUGGAGAACUGCAACUGCCGUAUGGUCCACAUGCCAGGAGAUGCUCCUUUCUGCACCCCUGAGCAGCACAAGGAGUGUGCAGAGCCUGCCCUCGGCCUCCUGGCAGAAAAGGACAGCAAUUACUGUCUCUGCAGGACACCCUGCAACCUGACCCGCUACAACAAAGAGCUCUCCAUGGUGAAGAUCCCCAGCAAGACGUCAGCCAAGUACCUGGAGAAGAAAUUUAACAAAUCUGAAAAAUAUAUCUCAGAGAACAUUCUUGUCCUGGAUAUAUUUUUUGAAGCGCUCAAUUACGAGACAAUUGAACAGAAGAAGGCGUAUGAAGUCGCUGCCUUACUUGGUGACAUUGGUGGUCAGAUGGGAUUGUUUAUUGGUGCUAGUAUCCUUACAAUACUAGAGCUCUUUGAUUAUAUUUAUGAGCUGAUCAAAGAGAAGCUACUAGACCUGCUUGGCAAAGAAGAGGAGGAAGGGAGCCAUGAUGAGAACAUGAGCACCUGCGACACGAUGCCGAACCACUCUGAAACCAUCAGCCACACUGUGAAUGUGCCCCUGCAGACAGCUUUGGGCACCCUGGAGGAGAUCGCCUGCUGACACCUCAGGCGACCCGGCACCUCCAAACAGACCUUAAGGCCCAAGACCCAGGACAGGGGACAGCAAGCUCAGACGGGAUGGCCCCUGAUGACGGAAAGAAGCAAGAGCCCCCCUAUGCACACACACACACAUUGCGAACUUCUGCCAAACCUCACUCUGGCCACAUCUGACAUGAAUCGUCCCCGGGCCCUGCCACUUGCCCCUUGUAGGACCGAUGAGUCCCACUCCGGAACUGUCCAAGAACUAACCUGCCAUCACAUCUCACUGCCAGAUGUACAAAGCACCCGCAUGCUCAGACUUCUCACGGCGCCACCUCCACUCCUGUCUUGUACACGUUAUCUUCUCCACGCAGUUUCCAGAGCCCCACUCUGCUGCCUGGCAGUGGGACCAGGUUCCAGCCCCAAAGCCACCCUGAGCCCAGCUCUGGAGUCAAAAACUGCCCGGUCGAGAAGGAAACCACCGAACUCUCUACAACGUUUGAUCCUUGUCUUGUUUGCGAAGGUUCUUCACCUGCCCACGAACCCUUGUCCCCCAAAACUGGCCCAUGGGGCUCCUGCGCUAAAGGUGACCAGUGCCAACCUCCUUCUUAUCCCAGCACCUGUGGAGGUGGUACAGUGGCCUGGGUGACCCCAGUAUUCGUCCGUGGAGCCACGUCGUUCUCACCCUGUGACACAGCUGUAGAGUUUGAUUUCUUUUGUUUUGUUUGGGGGCGGGGCUGUUUUUGUUCGUCUGUUGAAGAUCGUUUUGGUUUGCUCUGUUUUGUGGUCUUCAGUCUGGAUGUUCUAAGGUUCGGUUUGGGUUUUCCAUUUUCUUUGGAGUUUAUUUAUUCGUGCUUCGAACCACAGUCAUAUUAAAAGCUGGUCUUGUGGAAGUGGCCACAUCA